AAGAUGGAUUGUAUCUUAAUGUGCAUUGUGUUUCAGAUCCUCGCUCCCUCCAGCUUGGACUACACUACCAACAAACACCAUGUGCCACAACGUGUGCUGCUCCAGUGGAUGCUGCUCUGUUGUGAAGAGCAAGACAGUGUGCAGCCCCUGCCAGAAGACAGUCUGCUGCGAUCCGUGUCAGAAGACAGUCUGCUGUGAUCCAUGUCAGAAGACAGUCUGCUGUGAUCCAUGUCAGAAGACUGUCUGCUGUGAGAAGACUGUCUGCUGUGAGAAGACUGUCUGCUGUGACCCAUGUCAGAAGCCUUGUUGUGACCCAUGCCAGACUUGCUGUGACCCAUGCCAGAAGCCGUGCUGUGACCCGUGCCAGCAGUCUGUCUGCUGUGACCCAUGCCAAAAGCCGUGCUGUGACCCGUGCCAGCAGUCUGUCUGCUGUGACCCGUGCCAAAAGCCAUGCUGUGACCCGUGCCAGCAGUCUGUCUGCUGUGACCCAUGCCAGAAGCCUUGCUGUGACCCGUGCCAGACCUGCUGUGACCCGUGCCAGAAGCCUUGCUGUGACCCGUGCCAGCAGUCUGUCUGCUGUGACCCGUGCCAGAAGCCUUGCUGCGACCCGUGCCAGCAGUCUGUCUGCUGUGACCCAUGCCAGAAGCCUUGCUGUGACCCGUGCCAGACUUGCUGUGACCCGUGCCAGAAGCCUUGCUGUGACCCGUGCCAGCAGUCUGUCUGCUGUGACCCGUGCCAGAAGCCUUGCUGCGACCCGUGCCAGCAGUCUGUCUGCUGUGACCCAUGCCAGAAGCCGUGCUGUGACCCGUGCCAGACCUGCUGUGACCCGUGCCAGAAGACUGUCUGCUGUGACCCGUGCCAGACCUGCUGUGACCCGUGCCAGAAGACUGUCUGCUGUGACCCAUGCCAGACUUGCUGUGACCCAUGCCAGAAGACUGUCUGCUGUGACCCGUGCCAGAAGACUGUCUGCUGUGACCCAUGCCAGAAGCCGUGCUGUGACCCGUGCCAGACCUGCUGUGACCCGUGCCAGAAGACUGUCUGCUGUGACCCAUGCCAGAAGCCGUGCUGUGACCCGUGCCAGACCUGCUGUGACCCAUGCCAGAAGCCUUGCUGUGACCCGUGCCAGCAGUCCGUUUGCUGUGACCCGUGCCAGAAGCCCUGCUGCAGCUGCUGUAGCCAGCAGUGCCUGCAGACCUGCUGCCGCCCCUGCUGCUGCUCUGGCCGUCUGUCCUGCUGCUCCUACGUGGUGAAGAAGAAGCCCGUUGUGGUGUGCUGCAGCCCCGUGCAGUACUGCUCCUCGCCAAGGAAGUGCUGUGUGCCCAUCAAGCAGUGCUGCACCACCGUCAAGAAGUGCUGCUGAACCUGCCCUGCCCUGCAUAGGAGAAACAGCUCUGCCCACAGCCGUCUCUGGUGUGCAAGAAGAACAGCACAAGGAGAUGGAGACCUGACCUUCCUUCUGUUUCAUACAAUGAUGGAGUACAUACCUAGUGAUUUUCUUCUGGUUUCCAAAAUUAAGCUAUCAUCUUCCUUCUUUCACGUUGUCUUUUAAUUAUCAAAGAUCUGCAGUGCACUUGGAUAUGUCACCCAUUUUACAAGGCAUGGAGAUCUUAUAUAUUCAUUCUCUUCUUGGUGUAUGGGACAUGGGAAACAUUUUCUGUUAGUAUGGUCAUUCUGUAUUUUCUCUCUUGAGAUGUAGACAAUAAAACUUGGCAUUAAGCAA